GUAACAAAGUUAGAACAUUAGAAGCGAAAGAGGAAACAGAGGAAGAAGAAUAAGACUUACUACGAAAUUGAAUUGAAAUGGCUACAACGACGAAUUUGCUACAAACAUUAGGAAACUUAGAGAAGGAUUCAUUCAUAUCCCUUCUCUCAAACCUAAUCUCUGAAUCCAGAUAUGUUCAGAACAAUCCACCAGAACUCAUUCCUGAAGAAGACAGAGUAGUCAAACAUGUCUUAAACUCUCUCUCGCCGUUAAGCACCACCACCGGCGGUGGUCCCUUAAUCAUCAACCAUGUCACAUAUUUUCCCGGCAGAGGUAAUCUCAUCGUCGAGUACCCUGGUACCGUUCCCGGCAAGAUCCUUUCCUUUGUUGGUUGUCACAUGGAUGUCGUCACCGCAAAUCCCAAUGAUUGGGAUUUUGAUCCGUUUAGUUUGAGCAUCGACGGCGAUAAACUUAGGGGACGGGGAACUACUGAUUGUUUGGGACAUGUUGCACUUGUUACUGAGUUGAUGAAGAAGCUUGCUGAAACUAAGCCGAAUUUGAAAUCAACUGUUGUUGCUGUUUUUAUAGCCAAUGAAGAGAAUUCUGCUAUUACUGGAGUUGGUGUUGAUGCACUUGUUCAAGAUGGGUUACUCAAUAAGCUAAAGGACGGUCCUUUGUUUUGGAUCGAUACGGCGGAUAAACAACCUUGUGUUGGCACUGGUGGUAUGAUACCUUGGAAACUUCAUGUCACUGGGAAGCUCUUUCAUAGUGGAUUAGCUCACAAGGCUAUAAAUCCGCUUGAGCUAGCCAUGGAUGCAGUAAAGGAAAUCCAGCUGAAAUUUUACAAGGACUUCCCACCUCAUCCUCAGGAACAGGUUUAUGGGUUUGCAACCCCUUCCACCAUGAAACCAACCCAAUGGAGUUAUCCUGGAGGUGGAAUCAACCAAAUUCCAGGGGAAUGUACCGUUUCAGGAGAUGUCAGAUUAACUCCAUUCUACAAUGUGAAGGAUGUAAUAAAGAAGCUGCAAGAAUAUGUCGACGACAUUAACGAGAAUGUACAGAAGCUAGAAACUCGGGGUCCAGUUUCAAAAUAUGUCCUAUCUGAUGAAAACUUAAGGGGGAGCCUUACUCUAACUUUUGACGAAGCUAUGUCCGGAAUUGCUUGUGAUCUCAAUUCUAGAGGUUUCAAAGUUUUAUGCAAAGCAACUGAAGAAAUAGUUGGCUCCUUGAAGCCUUUCUCAAUUACUGGGAGUUUGCCUCUUAUUCGGGAACUUAAGGAUGAAGGUUUUGAUGUUCAGAGUGUUGGCUAUGGUCUGAUGGCAACGUACCAUGCCCAGAAUGAGUAUUGUCUAUUUACAGAUAUGGCCCAAGGGUACCGGGUGUUUGCAAGCAUCAUCGCGCAAUUGGAAGAUUGAGAAUUGCAGAGGAACUAAUAGUACCAAGUGUCUAGUGGCCUAUGAAGAUGUCUUGUUGAAAGAUUGAGAAUUGCAGAGGAACUAAUAGUACCAAGUGUCUAGUGGCCUAUGAAGAUGUCUUGUUGAGAUUAAUAUUGGUUAAAAUUAUGCAAAUGAUAAUUAGUUUGUUGUUGCUAAAUUUUCUUCAACAUUUACAAGAUGAAGGAACAGUCCACUGUUUAAAUUUAGUUCCUAAGAUGUCUUUAAAAAUAUUUACUGUGUGGAUUUGUUUGGAUGCAUGUGCAAAAAGAUUUUACACCGUCA